AUGACAUUGUUUUCGGUAUGUGCAAACCCCCCUCCUUCGCGAUAUGAUUUGGACCCACGAGAUUCUUCUUCAGAUCAAUUAGUAAGCUCUACUAUCACAUUGCACUCGUCACAACGCGAAAUGCACGAUAUCAUGAGGAGUCAAACAGAAGAAAUGCGUGAAAUGCGUGAACUUUUACAUCGCGCUCUCAGUUCCAACGAGUUGCAAAAUGCCAGUGUCGAUAUUGCUGAGCAAUUGAUGGCUGGUGGCCAAAAUGAUUUGCGGCAACUAAGAAAAGUCCAAGAAAGACAGUUUGGAGAUGACAUAGUUCGCUCUACGUCCCCGCUCCCUCAAGUUUCGGAUAGUCAACUUUACUUAGAACUUCAACGAGAUCUUAUUACUCUCCAUCGCGAAACUGGGAUUCCCCCGACUAUCAAAAUUCUAGACGGGGAGGUUAAACGGUUGGACACAAUACCCAUUGCAGGUGGGACCUAUAGCGAUGUUUGGCUAGGCCUGUGGCUUGGGGAGAAAAAGGUCGCUUUAAAGGCUCUCAGAAAUAUUAGGGCAGCCGACCCAAAAGCUAAGAAGCGUUUUGAAAACGAGAUUAACAUGUGGGCUGGCUUGAAGAAUGAUCACAUACUCCCAUUUUAUGGAAUUGUUACUGACAUGGGUCAGCAUAUUCAUAUGGUGUCACCCUGGCAAGAGAAUGGAAACGUACUUGAAUACGUCAAAACUCACGGAGAUAGUAACACCCGCAUUCGUCUGAUACGCGGUGCCGCUCAAGGGCUAGCAUAUCUACACUCACGCAAAAUCAUCCACGGAAACAUGAAAUGUGCUAACAUCCUGGUGACUGGAGAGGGCGAAGCAUGCAUUUGUGACUUCGGGAUGUCGAAAGUUAUCGAGGAAGUCACGGAGAAGAGCGCUUCUGCCACGUUGACUGCUGGUGGGAAUGCGCGCUGGAUGGCUCCUGAACUGAUCGAAGGCAGCACACCAACCGUAGAGGCGGAUACGUAUUCGUACGCCAUGGCUAUACUUGAAUUGGUGACCGGGAAGCACCCAUUUGCAGACUGUAAAACGACAGCUGCGGUUAUAUAUGAGAUUGUAGUACACAAAAGGAUGCCUUCCCGGCCUGAAGCCUUGCAGUAUUGGUUGUCAGAUGGUCUAUGGGAGCUUUUAUGUGCAUGUUGGCAAACAGAUGCUGCAUCACGGCCCUCAAUGGCCCAGGUGACCUCAUAUAUACAGGCAAUGGAGGAAAUGGCCUUUGCUUAA